GGUCAACGUGUACCAACUGCAGCAUCGCCAAGUAACACGAAUUCUAGCAGCUCAUCAAAUACUGGGUCGCAGAGCGGAACCCUAAGUACUAGUCUGAGUAAUACCAAUACAAACACAACAAUGGGUCCUAGUAACGGUACCCAACAGCAAGGCGAGCAAUUGUCCAAAACAAAUUUGUAUAUUAGAGGAUUGCAACAAGGCACAACCGAUAAGGAUUUAGUAACUAUGUGUGCACAAUAUGGAACAAUUAUAUCCACCAAGGCUAUUUUAGAUAAAACAACAAACAAAUGUAAAGGCUACGGCUUUGUCGAUUUCGAGUUGCCAGCAUACGCCGAGGGUGCCGUCAAGGGUCUGCAAGCAAAGGGCGUUCAAGCUCAGAUGGCCAAAGUGGGUAUCUGGGUGCUUCAUAGGCCGGCCAUUCAACAAGAACAGGAUCCCACAAAUUUGUACAUUGCAAAUUUGCCACCACAUUUCAAAGAGACGGACUUGGAAAAUAUGCUCUCGAAGUAUGGUCAAGUUGUGUCAACUCGCAUAUUGCGCGAUCAGCAAAUGAACUCAAAAGGAGUUGGCUUUGCACGUAUGGAGAGUCGCGAAAAGUGUGAACAAAUUAUUCAAAUAUUCAAUGGUAAUACAAUACAGGGUGCCAAAGAUCCACUUUUGGUUAAGUUUGCUGAUGGUGGUCCAAAAAAGAAGAAUCUCUACAAGAAUCCUGAUCCAAAUGCGCGAACGUGGCGUGAUCCCACCGAAGGGAUACCGGUCACCUAUGAUCCGACAAUGCAACAAAAUGGUGUUAGUGUUAAUGUUGGCACACCAAUCGGUGUGCCGUAUUCACGUUUUGGUGCACCACCAGUUAGUAGUUAUCCCAUGACAGCUGGGUCACAAUGGAUACCAGGCUAUAUGAUGACGCAACCAAUACCUCAAGUUGAGGAUCAGUACAUGCAAAUGGCUGCUGCCCCACAGUUGGGAGUUGCCUCUUACAAACCGGACGCUGUCAAUCAGGUGCAACCACGUGGUAUCUCGAUGAUGGUCAGUGGUGAUCCGUCUGUGCCAUAUGGACCAAUGGUUCCACAACUAGCAACACUACAAAUUGGCAAUUCCUAUAUUAGUCCAACUUAUCCAUAUUAUGCACAACCAACAAUUAUUCCAACAAUGCCAAUGACAGAUUCCGAACAGGCUAGCACAGCUGCAUCACCCGAUGAGGCAUAUACACAGUAUCCACAUCCAGCCGCUCCCAAAUAGGUCAUCGCGAGAUGUAAUAUUAUGAUGCCGCGAUUGACGCUCUAAUGGGAGCUGGAAAUGGAAUCGGAUAAAUGCGAUAAACAACAACAUAUGCAGUAAUAGUAUAUGCAAUAAUAAUAAAACAAAAACAACAAGAUUGAAUACGGCGAGGAGAGACGAAACGAUAGCAACACACAACAACAAUACAACAUUACACCAAUCUUUAAACAAAAGCAACAACAGGAACAGCAACAGCGACAAGGAAAUGGGCAACAACCAACAACCAACAACAAUAAAUGUAAACAAAUUAAGAAAACAAAUACAACAGUUGCUACUAUGAAAAUAUUAAAACUGGGAACAGAUUCCAAUAUUUAUUGCAGUUUACUGUAAUGAUCCAAAUGAAAGAAAAAGAAACCAAAACUAGAGAAGCAUAUGAAGAGAAUUAAAAAAAAAUAAUACUUUAUAUUUGUAUGCGAAAAUUAUGAUUCUGAAUGAGAGUAGUGAAACAUUUUAAAGAUAAAUCAUUAAAAUGAAGAGAAAUGUAAAGACUAAGCUAAACAUACACAUACACACAUACUUAAAGAUAAAACAAAAUCAAGAAGCAACGCGCAGAAAGCUAAGAGAGGAGCAAAGUAAAGUAAAAUGAAAUUUGUAUGCAAUGAGCAUAACUUGAAAUAAGAAGCGCCAAAUGAAGGCAAAGAAAAGAAGUUGCAUAGUAAAAGAUAAAAGAGAAAGCGUAUGAAAAAAAUUUGCAGAGUAUUAAACAACAGAAAAAUGGCUGCCCAGCAAUGAUCGAAUAGGCGCGUGUGCAAAUAAAUAAAGGGGUUAAAGUCGAAAAGCGUAUUUUAUGGGAGAGGGGGGCGUAAAUGAUUGUAUUUUUGAGUAUUUAAUUACAUAUGUAAUAAAAACGAAACUAAAUUAAAUGCUGGCCAGCCAACGGCAAUCAGAAGCGCCAAAGCAUGUAUGUAAUCAAUAACUGAAUACCCGCAAAGAUGCAAGGAAUUUUGAAUGUAUUUAAUAGAGUACAUUAAAGUAUUUACAUACAUUUUGAAUGAGAUGAGUAGGAAGAAGAGGUGUGGGCAGAAGAAUAGAAUGGAUUAAACCAAUUUAUUUAUUUAAUAAUAAAAGUAGAAAUCUUGGAUAAGAAGUAGCAGACGAUGAAGAAAAUGAAAGAGAAUUGUUGCAGAAAGGAAUGAUGAAUGAAGAAUGGAGAAUGAAGAAUAUAGGCAAACUUUACUGGAAAUUUUACACACAAUUGUUGAAUUUCUUUGAAUUUUUCAUUUUAUAAAUGACAUUUAACCGUUAUAUUUUUAUUUGUUACUUUUUGAAGAAAUUCAAACGCUAGUUUAUAACGAAACUAAACAUUGAAGAAGAGUAUUUAAGUGGCAAUGAAAUUGAUGAUAAAUGCCGAUUUGCAUGAAGAAAGGAAUAAUAAUAAUAAUAAUAGGACGAAGAAAACAUAAAAUAUAAAAGAAAAUCCACACUAAUACAUUGUACUUUCCGUCUCCAAUCGCAUACAUAAAUACGUACAUUUACUAUGUAUGAAAAUUUGUUAUAUAUGUACAUCCAUUUGUGUAAAAGGAUUUCUCAAGUUAAUGAAAACAUUUAUUAAAUGUUUAAGUUAAAAACAUUAUUAAAAACUGAUGAUAAUAAAGAAUUCUUGGUCUAAGGAAGACGAAGCACACAAACAAUUGGUUGCGUGUGCGGUGUUGAAAUGAUACAAUGCAAACUGGCGUAAAGCGUGAAACCAUUGCGGUUAAAAUUAUUAGGCGAACGGCUGUUGUGAGCGUUAAUUUUUAGGGAAGCAAAAACAAAAACUACGAAAACAUUAAUGUUAAUUCAAAUCAAGUAGAGGGGAAAUGAGGACUAAAUUGCAUUUAAAAAAACAAAAAAAAAUCAAGAAAAGAUAAACAGUUAUUUUUAAUUUGGAAAUGAGAGUUUGUUUUACGACCAAGCUAAGCUAGCAAACAAAGAAAGAGAGGAGAUCCAAACAAUAAUGAGAUGGCAGUAGGCAUGCAAGCAGUAGUUGAAUACUUGAGUGAAUAUAAGCAAAAGGGGGGCGUAAGGACAUGAUGAAGUUGGAGAAAAUGUUAACCGAAGAAAUGCUAAAGGACUCAAUUUUGUAGUGAAAAUUAGGCAAUUUUUGCUAAGAAAGAAAAACAUAAACAAGGAAAAACGAAAUUGUAGAAUUUUUUACAUACAAUGCAGAAAAACAGAAAGUAGGGCAUCGCCGAAAACAAAAAACCAAGAAAAAAAACAAAGAAAACUAAAAAGCUAUAAUUUGAAAGAAAAC